AUGAAUAAGAAUAAUGGGAGUUAUCAGGAAUUGUUGCAUGGAGAGGAUGAUGGAUUGAAAGACAUGGAUGGGGUGAUUGAUUAUUCUUCUUCUAAUCCAUUCCCAUCUGCAUUCUGUGAUGAGGAAGAUGGAGAUUUGAAUACCCAACAACAACAACCAGUUGUGGUGAAACAGGAAGGAGGAGAGAUCUACCAUUUGCUGAAUCAUGAUGAUGAUGAAACUUCUUCUUCCAUGUUCUACAAUGAUUUCCCUCCUCUCCCUGAUUUCCCCUGCAUGUCUUCUUCCUCUUCCUCUUCCUCUGCUCCAGUCCUUUCUAAUAAGCCUGUUGCUUCUACUUCUUCCUGUUCUUCAGCUUCAUCUUCCUCUGCUACUUCUUGGACUGUUUUUAAGCCUGAAUCUGAUGAAUACACUUACAAUAAUUCCGACGACGGAAGGUACCAUCAUCAUCAUCAUCAUCAUCAGUACCAUCAGUAUCACCACCAUCACCACCACCAAAGCAAUGACUACAUCCAGGACCCUGCGGCGGCGGCGGGGUUGUCAUCCACCGCUUCCAUGGAAAUCAGCCUCCCACCGCCGGAUGACGUCAACAACGGCGCCGCCGACGAUUGUAUCAAUGUGAUGGAGAAUUUUGGGUACAUGGAUCUGCUUGACAGCACUGAUAUUUGGGACCCAUCUUCCAUAUUUGAGACUGAAUCUGAGAACCCACAAGAAGAAGAAGAAGAACAGGGCCAAGAUCAGCCAAACCAGAAUAAUACUAAUCAAGUUAGCCCGGCCCAACAGCAACAACAACCACAGCAAUCUUCUAAUCAACAGGAAGAGGAGGAAGAAGAAGAAGAUGGGAAUGACGGGCUUUAUUUCUUACAAGGCAACCGUGAGUUGGGCGAUAUAUUUCUGGAAUGGCUCAAGCAAAACAAAGACUACAUUUCCGCUGAAGACAUGAGGAGCAUUAAGCUCAAGCGUUCAACCGUAGACUGUGCUUUGAAGCGUUUGGGAACUACCAAAGAAGGAAAGAAGCAACUCUUGAAACUCAUCCUGGAAUGGGUCGAGCAAUAUCAGCUCCAGAAAAAACGAGCCCGGGAGCAGCAGCAGCAGCAAUUCAUCAACCCCAACCCUAACCCUAACGUGGAUCUCAAUUGCAACCCGAUUCCUUCAGAUCCCAAUCAUUGUUUCUCUCCGUCACCAGCUUGGGCUCCUCCGCCUCCUCCUCCUCCUCCUCAGCCGCCGCUUCCGCCACCGUGUGUUCCGGAGGCUGCGUCUGUUAUCCCAACCGCAUUCCCGCCUGUGAUGGGAAUCCCGGGAGGAGCUUAUCCUUGUGAUAUUCCGUACUCCACCGCCGCCCCAAUGUAUCCUCCGGCGUCGGCUGAACAAUACCAGCAGCCGAUGGAUGCUACACAGUCCUGGAGUAUGGCAGCAGCGCAGCCGUUUACGGUGGCGCCCCACCCGCAUUACAAUACGUUUCAGGAUACCAACAUUCCCGGGUCGAAUCAUGCCCAGGCCCAUGCCCUGUAUGUUAAUGCGUAUCCAUAUCCGGUGUUUGAUAAUAAUACGGGGGAGAGGUUGGUGAGGUUGGGUCCGUCGGCGACUAGGGAGGCUAGGAAAAAGAGGAUGGCUCGUCACCGACGGGUCUCUGUACACCAUUAUCAUCGCCACCACCACCAGAAUCAUCACCGUGAUCAUAGCCACCACCAGAUUCAGCAGCCGCAGGAUAUGUUGAUGGCUGAACAACAGGCUGUACACGCGGCUGCUGUGGCGGCAACGGGCGGAGGUGGCGGUGUUGGUGGUGUUGUUGAGGAUCGGGCACCUUCUCAAGCUAAUCCAAAUGGGAAUUGGGUUUACUGGCCUCCUGCUGCUGUAGCUGCUCCUCCGGUUAGCUCCACCAUGGCUUUGGUUCCACCGGUGGUUGAACCAUCACGGCACAUGCCACAGACUAAAGCCCCUGUGUUGGAUAGAGGAACCAUGCAAUCGCAGAGCCAGCAGCAGCAGCGCUCUCAGGUUCCUUCUGCUGACCGUAAGCAAGGUUUGAAGACGGAGAAGAACUUGAAAUUUCUACUACAGAAAGUGUUGAAGCAGAGUGAUGUUGGUAAUCUUGGAAGAAUUGUGUUGCCUAAAAAAGAAGCAGAAACUCACCUCCCCGAACUUGAAUCAAGAGACGGGAUCUGUUUAGCUAUGGAAGACAUUGGCACUUCUAAUGUCUGGAACAUGCGCUAUAGAUUUUGGCCCAAUAACAAGAGCCGAAUGUACCUUCUUGAGAAUACAGGGGAUUUUGUGCGGGUAAAUGGACUUCAGGAGGGAGACUUCAUUGUCAUAUAUUCAGACACGAAGUGUGGCAAAUAUUUGAUAAGGGGAGUGAAAGUGCGCCAGCCUGGGUCAAAACCUGAAGCCAAGAAACCAGCUGCCAAGAAGAAUCAGCGUAAUGUGCAGCAAACAGCUUCUAACAUCUCUCCAGCAUCCUUUAAGACUACAGCGAAGUGACUAAAACGAAAGGAAGAAAAGCCCACAGAAAACAUGGAUGAUGAGGAAGCUACCUUGGUGGAGGGAUCUGUUUGCUUCUGAUGAUUUUCGGAUCUGCAAAUCUCCUGCAGCAUGGUUUUCAGAGGUUGAAAGAUUUAAUGAUCAGCCGAUAUAAAUAGUCUAACAAUUUUGCUAACCCUUUAAUUCCAUGCUCUGAUCAUUUGCGGGUUUGAAGAUGGAUUCUGUUGGGGCCUUCCUUGGGAACUUUGAUCAUUUUCCUGAACAACCUAAUCAUCGUGUGUUGUAACUUUAUGUAUGUCUGGUGUUCUGUAAUUGGGGAUUCUCGUUGGUAGUAUAUCAGAUUAUACAGCUAAGUGUGUG